AUGGCGGCGAAAAACCCCCUUCAUCUUCUUACAUCCAGCCUUUGCAAACGCCAUUGUCCAAGUCCAUACCGUCUCGCGGCCACAUUAUUCCCAGAAUCUCAGAGAAGAUGCUCGUCGUCAAACUCGCGAUGGAAGCAACGCCAAGGAAGGGACAUGUUCGCAAGAGACGCAAAAGUGCAGGGUCUAAAAAGUAGAGCUGCCUUUAAGCUCCUGGAGAUGGACUCCAAGUACAGACUUUUCAAACCGGGACAAACUGUUGUAGAUCUGGGAUACGCGCCUGGUAGCUGGUCACAAGUCGCGCAAGAAAGAACCAGACCAAACGGGAGAGUCAUAGGUAUUGACCUCAUACCUGCGCAACCACCACGGGGCGUGGCUACUUUCCAAGGAGACUUCUUGUCACCGGCCGUGCAGAAGCUCGUGAGAGAGUUUAUUGCCCGCACGGGCAGACAACCUGCCAAGAAGACGGAGGCGGAGGAGAUUGAGACGUUGAGCUACAUUGAUAAGGAGAGACAUGCUUCAGAGGAGGCAGAUGGGAAUGGAUCUGCCUCAGUAGAUGUUGUUCUAAGUGACAUGUCAGCACCCUGGGACCAAACUUCCGGCUAUACAUCGAACACGUUGACCAAUCCGUAUCAUAGGCUGAUGAACACGAGCGGCGUUGCGUUUCGAGACCACGCAGGUAGUAUGGAUUUGUGCAAUGCGGCGCUGCAAUUCGCUAGCGACACACUUAGACCGGGUGGGCAUUUCGUGUGCAAGUUUUACCAGGGGAGUGAGGAUAAGAAAUUGGAGGAGAGGCUGAGGAAGUUGUUUGGGAAGGUGUCUAGGGAGAAGCCUGAAUCUUCGAGGAGUGAGAGCAGAGAGACGUAUUUUAUUGCGUUGAAGCGCAAGGCGGGUGUUCUGGUUGAGGAUGUAUGA